GCAAUUCAUCUACAAAAUAUCUUGUAUCAUAAUUAACACCCUUCAACUGCGGUCAAAUCAACACUUCGCACUUUUAAAAAACCCUAACUGUUGGUCUUUCUUAAAAAUUUCGCCUUUGCAACAACCACAAUCUUCAUCGCAAAGCUCUUCGCGUCCGCGGCAAGAAACUCUUAGGCUAUUAUUUAACUAUCUUUACAUACUUAGGUACCUAAGGUGGUCAAGCCAUAAUGGAGUAUGUAAGAGGUGCCAAGCUUCGAAAAGAGGCAAAGGCUAUGGCCGCCGAUCGCCGAAAGAGUAAAGAGAAGUAUCGUUUGAUGCGGCGAUGGGUCUUCGACAAGUACAAACCAAACACCGCUGGUAGUGACGAAGAGGCUCAACUUGCAACCUACGAGAGCGAAAACUCUUCUGAGGACCCCGCGGUCAGCUCUCGAUCGACAAAAGGUCCAGUAUGGCAUCUCCCAGUCUCUUCAAAAGGGCGGCUAGCACCAAGAGGGUUGACCUUGGGCACGAUGUUUCAGAUUGCGGAGCAGCUCUACAAGCUUUCUGCCAUAGAUUUCGAUACCCUGAGCCUGGCCGAUCACAUCCAUCAGAUUCAAGAGGCUAUACAAGGAGACAACUCUACGACGCCAGUCGCACAGGCACUAGUAAUUCGGCCUUUGGUAGUCCUAGCCCAGCAUCAACAACAUCUGGCGAAGAAAGACUUCAUGGCCUGUGUAGCUAGAAUUGCGAUCCAGAGCAACUUACCGGAAUGCUUCAAGAAGAACAUGCAGACGUGCAAGGACUGUUUUGAUCGAUUCAAUCCGGGCUCAAAGUCCUGUAAAUGCGCCGAUACCAAACAGACCUGUCUUCACGGCCCUUGCGUCUAUCACCCGGGUCAAAUCAAGUCGUGGGGGCAGGAGAAUAGCACCAAGGACUUCCUGGAUAGUGAGAACGUCACUGUCCAUGAGUUCGACAUAUGGAUUCACCAGUGCUACUGGGAUUGCUGCGGCGCCAAGCUAUUGCCUGUCGAGCCUUCCGCACCGCGACGUAACCAGAAGAGGAAGAAGACUGCUCCACAUCCCUGGGAGACCCCGAAUGAGAAUGAUGGAAGUGUGGGUUGUGUUACCCGAGACCACCACGUUGCCAUUCAGUAGAGUGUUUUCGGGUUUUCGGUUCUACAUGGUGGAACUGGAUAUUAAUAUUGUUAUUGUUGGCCUUAUUAACCACGGCGUGGAAAUAUUGAAGGAGAGGAGGGAGGAAUGAGAAUGCCUAGCACGUAUAUAACGUCUAUAGGAGUUGGGUAUAUGACACGGCCCAAAGUAACUUGCAUAAAGAUGAAUUCAGCAGUUGAGCGAUUUUUGAACUUA